AAAUUGCAGCAAGCAUUGCGGAAUAUUUUCUUUUAUUUAACUAGAAGUUAUUUUGUUUUUUAAAAGGUCAAAAUGAUCUUUCUUCUGAGCUUGAUGAUCGUUGCAAAAUUAACUUGGAUCAAUGGACUUGACAUUUCAUUGGAAAGAGAAUACUAUAUGGAGGGUAGAGAUUUAUUCUGUGCCAAGUUACAUUGUGUGGAGAACACAAGAGAAGAAAAUGAAAUCUCAGCUCUUGUCAACAUGUCAGUCUAUAGGAUCAGUGAAUUAGAGGGGAAGAUUAUGUUGGCGUCUGUAUCAGAAUCAGAUUCAAGAGUUCAAGAUUAUAAAGUAAAUGGAUCAAAAGUUGAUGGAAAGUUUUCAAAAGUGUUUGGAGACUUGACUGUGUCAUUUACAAAAACUUCUGAUUGUUUUAGUAUAGUGUUUGGAUGUGAUGUAUAUUACACAAAUAAAAGGGGUCUCGUUGAGAAGAAAGAGAACAAAACAAAACAUGUUGACCAAGAAAAUCGUAAGCCGUUGAUGGUGAUGACCUUAGAGGCUAAAACUCCAGAGUUUGAUAAAACAAUUGAUAGAAUGUCAGAAUUUCUGAAAACUUUUAAAAAUUCUGAAUUGUUAAACAGCGCUGACUUGAAGAUGAAUUUACAGUUUUUAACAGAUGACAGAUCUUCUAACCAAACUGUAGAUCUAAUACAACGUGGGAGAGAGUUAUCUUUAGAACAGAGAGUUGACACUUUAGUUAACCUUACCAAUGUACUGGAAAGUAGACUUAACAGCCUAUUAGUUGAUGAUGUGUCAAAAAUUCAGAAAAUUGAAAACAAAAUUAUCAACAUAACGAAUGCUUACAAUGAAGUUGUUAACAGAGAGAAUAAAACUAAUCAAGAGCUGACAAACUUUAAAUACAACGUAACUAAAAAUUUUCUCAAAACAACUCAACAGAUAGAAGCAAACAAUAACACACUUGAAAAACAAAGUAGGUCGGGACACAAUAUAUCAAGUCUAUACAAUAUUUUACACAAACAACUGGAGAAACUGAACUACAGUGUUGCUAAUGUAUCAUUCGCUAUUCAGAAUUUGUCUCAAAAGUCAAAUCACAGUGAAGUUCUAGCUAAAACCAUUCAUGAUUUCAAGUUAGAUUUAUUAAAUGUGACUGAGGAAAUGAUAAAAAAUAGCACAGCGAGAGCCGAACAUGGUCAAAAUCUACGCAUUCAGCAACAGGAGGAACACAAUAAAAUGUAUUCAGAAGCACAGGCAAGGAAAGUUAAUGAUUUAAUGACUGCUGUAUCUCAGUUAAACAAUACAGACAUUCAUUUUAACGCCAGUAUGGAGAAGAUUGAAAGCGUAAUGCAAAAUCUGAUGAAUGAAUCAGAUAAAUAUAAUGUCCUCAUCAGUGGACUACGUGAACAGUUUAAAUGUGCCAACACGAACAACAGAUUUUUAGCGGACAUAACAGAGGCUGGAGUAGAUAUCAGCAGAACAUUGUGUGAUACCAAGACUAACGGUGGAGGAUGGAUUAUUAUACAGAGACGUAUCAAAGGUGAUGUGAACUUUACAAGAAAUUGGAACGAUUAUAAAAAUGGAUUUGGUUCAACAUCUGGAGACUUCUGGAUAGGAAAUGACGUCAUUUAUAAGCUGACAAAUUUAGGUUAUAAUGAACUCAGAUUUGACAUGAAGUAUAACGGUACAGACUACUACGCUGUGUACAGAGGUUUUAAGGUAGAAAAUGAAGCAGCAAAGUAUAAGAUGAGCUACACGUCAUUCAGUGAUGGGAAUGUUGAAGACAAAUUUAGUCAUCACUACGGCGAUAAGUUUACAACCAUUGACUCUGAUAACGAUAGAGACAGUGGCAACUGUGCUGUAGACAGGAGAGGUGGUUGGUGGUAUCAUGCUUGUCACAAUGUUAACGUCAACGGUGAAUGGGCGAGUCGUGUUUAUAAUAAAGGAAUUCAAUGGUCUAGCAUUACAGGCUAUUCUGGCUCUCUAGACUUUGUUGAGAUGAAACUUCGUCGAAAGUAAACAACCCGAAAACAAUGCUAUGGUACAUUAAUGGAUAUACAGUAAUCAAAUUAUUUAUAUAAUCUUCAGAAACAUAAGCAACAUUACAUAUAUUAAAAUACAUAGAUGUAAACAUUUAACUAAGGCAAUAUUUUCUUGAUGGUUAGUCUACAUAAGAAGUUUAAAAUUAACGAACUUUAAACCAAACAUUUUAUUCAAAAAAUGAUUUUAAAAACUACAACUGUGUUUGUUUUGCUGUUAUGAUGUAAUAAAGCCAUUUAUACACUCAUCUAGAAUUGAAAUUUCUCAUAGAUUGACUGUGUGUGUUAGCCAUUAAAACAGAAAAAAAAACGACUAUGAUGGUGUCAUUUAUUUCUUGCAUAUACAUAACUAGUAGUGUAGUUGUCAUCUACCACUAUAUCUUUAAUUAGACAUUUACUCGGAUCGUGUGUAGUUCAACCAUAAUAACGUGUGUAAUGUUUAUGCAUUUUUUUCAAUAAUAUUUUUUCGCAUAGUUUUUCGAACGAUGUAUAUAUGACAUCCAAAAUCACAUAAAAUAGAUUGUAACUGUUAAUUUGGGAUCUGUAAAGCUUUGUAUUAUAAAUGUGAACAUUAUGCGGUCAUACAGUAGAAUAAAAAUAGAUUGUUUAAGUAAAUCCUUUGUUUCAGUAGUUAAUGUUUUAUCAAUGUAUUCAUAUCGAGCAUGUUUGUUUAUUAAGAAAUCUCUACUAUCAAAUAUAAAUACAUAUUAGUACAAAAUGAAAGUUUAAUUCUGAAUAUGUUUGUAUUACUGAGAUUGGAAUAUUCUUUUAUUAUUAUCGUUUUCAAGGUAUAUAACCAUACUCUCACAAAUCAAGUGGGUAAUUUUAAUUGUUAUCUCCCGUGAAUAAUUUUAGUG